AUGAGGAGAACGAUAUUCCAGUCAUUGAUUCUUAGUGGCAGUGUGCUGCUCAAACGUGUUCUAGCGGACUGUCCCCAAGGUCCCGGCUCAGAAGCUGCAGCAUGUUGUUGGUCCUCCUGGCAAGAGUGGGAUAGCUCAUCUCGAAGCUAUGAGACAGUCAUCACCACCGUCCUGACGACCAAGCACGUCGGAUCCAUGAUAGAGGACACCGAUGUCCCCAUUACAACACUCUGUGACGGCAUCCCACGAGCGUUGGAGCCCUAUACAACCCGCUACACCACUUCCCUCGUCACCACGGACCCAUAUACAACCUACAUAUCCUCCACCUACACCGAACCAAGUCCGACAUGCAAUAUCAACGAAGAUGACUGCAAACCCUAUGCCGACGCCUGGGACUCUGCCUACUCAUCCUGGUCACAGAACAAAUCCCUCCCCUAUCCCACCAACAAACCCCACUGCGUCCCCUACCUCCCAUGCCCCACCGAAUCCCAAUGCAAGAUCUACGCCGGCGGCGACGCCACCAUUUACUACUGGCCCGUUACCGUAGCCGGCCCCGAUGGCGGCCUCUGCGAAUCCCCUCGCACCACCCUCAACCCCACCCCGACUGACCCCCCCGUCACCACCGUCCUCUCUGGCACUACCUUCACCUCCCCCUCCAUCUACGUCUCCCUUGCGCACGUCUCGGCCGCCAAGCACCGCGGCCAAUACAACCAGACGCCCUGCGGUCACGCGCACCACGAUGUGGUCCUCACGCUGCACCCGUCCGACGUGUCGACGCAGCGGGGAAAGCCCGGCGGACGGACCAACACGUUCGCGAUCGACCUGCGGGACCUGAACACGCCGGUGCCGUACUCCGCGUAUCUGGGGCAGCCGAGCUGUCUGCACACGACGAAUUGCCCGACGAUCGGGAUGGACGACUAUCAUCCGCAGAUGGCGAAGCCGACGCAGUUGACGGGCGUGGAUCCGGAUUUUGAGAAGUGUCAGCCGAGGAGUGAGAGGUUGGGUGCGACGUUGGUGCCGUUGGGAAUGGCGACGCCAGCGGUGGCAGAGGCGAGGGAGACGGGGUUUGUGAGGGUGGUGAAGAGGGCUGGGGAUUGA